CUAUUGGAUAACCGGCACAUCGCUGCAGCGCAUGAAUGCAGCGCGGUCAAAAGUCACCCAAAGGUUGCAGGGUCACCUCCAGUGAAAAGAUGUGGGGUGCUGCUUCUCAUCGCCUCGGGGCUGCGCCGGGACAAAGAUGAGACGCACACUAUUGAAAAUGUGGCGCUUUACGCCUUCCCACCUGACCGUGGCAUCUCUGAGCUCCGUGUGAAUGAGGGACGGUGGUAAAUUGAACGACGUCUAGACAAGAAGGACGUAAACAACAUGUUUUGCUAGACAUGAUGCGACACGCCCCGUGUUUGGGUUUCACGCUUUCCGCCUCGGCGCUCCAGGCGACUUUUAACAGUUUGCACUUUGAUUUGCGCAAGACAAAGCUAGUAUCUGCACAAGUUUGUAUUGCGUAAAACAUCUGGAAAUAUGUUAUCACAAACUGAAGAUACAACUCUUAGCAACAGCCACAACUGCGCUUAGCGAGGAAACAAGACUAUUGCCUUAUUUAUGAAUGACACCUCUAUAAAUGCCGUCUGGGCGCAUUUAACGUUGGAUUUCUCACCGGAAUGUGUAGCUCCGUGCGCACGGUUGUUGGGACAGCUUGCCACCACGGCCCCACGCUUUCUUUGAUGUUUUUACAAUGUUUGUCCAGUUGCUUAGCGCACGGUGCUGCUUCAUAAGAGUUUCAGACACUGGACGACCAUGGGGGCGGUCAGAGGGGCUGCCCUUUCCACCUCCAUUCACACUCUGAAAGGCUGAUGUUGCGUCUUUCUCUCUCAUUGUGCGGCUUCGUUCGCUUAUUUCGCUGUUCGACGAAAUCGACCUGAAUGAGAGUUUUGCCCACUGUUGCACGAGUUUUGUUUUGAUUAUCAAGGCGAAUAUUUCAUGCGAGCCAACUGCACCUUCUAACCGCUUUUUCUGGGAUAUAUUUUGUUCACUGAAUGUCCAGCGUAUUUGGGAACUCGUCUUGGCCUUUUGGAUUCAGCUCUCCUCUCUGCGCGCAGCAAAUUGAUUUCCACCAUGUUUACGCACGGAACGGACGACCACAUUUGAAAAUCAACAUUACACUUAUUCCGAAAGACCUAACGGAGGAAUGGAUUUAUCCGGUGGGCGACUCAUGCAAAACAGCAAUAAUGUAUAAAAUCCCUCUACAACUUUUGGAGGAUAGAUGUGUAAAGGAUAAAUGUUGGCAUAAUGCACCCAACUCAAAUAAACCACUGUUAGGAUGGAUACGUGCGUAUUUGUUGAUGCUCUUGGUUUCCGAAUUACCCGAACUUUCUUUGUGUGCAAGUGUGGCAGGACCCAAAGUUGAACACGAAGGAUUUUGUCCCAACAAGCUGAAUUCCAAUCUGUGGGUUGAUGCGCAAAGCACCUGCGAGAGGGAAUGCAACGUCGAUGAGGACUGUUCUGACUUUGAGAAAUGCUGCACCAACGUGUGUGGCCUCAACAGCUGUGUGGCUGCACGUUUCUCUGAUGGCACCCCUGCCCAGCCAGAUGGGCAGGGUGGAGGAAAAGGAAAUGAUGCCCCCACCUCUACAGCUACCUGUGAAGGCUUUAUCUGCAGCCAGCAGGGGGCGAUCUGUGACAUCUGGGAUGGACAGCCCAUCUGCAAGUGCCAGGACCGCUGUGAGAAAGAGCCCAACUUCACCUGUGCUUCAGAUGGCCUCACCUACUUUAACCGCUGCUACAUGGACGCGGAGGCCUGCAUCCGUGGGGUGACUUUAACUGUGGUCACCUGUCGCUUCUUCCUGGCUGGGCCCCACACCAGUCCCCUGCCUCAGGACACUACAGCUAACCCCACCCCAACAUCCUCCCAGGAGGACCCCAUGCCCCCCACACUGUACUCCAACCCUCACCACCAGUCCAUCUAUGUCGGAGGCACAAUCAGCUUCCACUGUGACGUUAUUGGAGUCCCCAGACCUGAUGUAACAUGGGAGAAACAGAGUGAAAGACGUGAACACCUGGUUAUGAGGCCUGACCAGAUGUACGGCAACGUGGUUAUCACCAACAUCGGUCAGCUUGUCAUUUACAACGCCCAGGUUUGGGAUACAGGUAUCUACACCUGCAUCGCACGGAAUUCUGCAGGAGUUCUUCGAGCUGACUAUCCCCUGUCUGUCAUCCGCCGGGCUGAUGAUGAUUUCUCUGAAGAUCCUGAGAUGUCCAUGGGGCGGCCUUUCUCACCAGCAGACUGCCUGGUUGAAGUAGACCUGAAAGUGUGCAGUGGUGAGCGCCACGUGGACUGGUACUAUGACAGCAAGCUUGGCUCCUGCAUGGCCUUUAGCAACGGUGGAUGUGAGGACAGCCGCAACCGAUUCGAGACUUAUGAGGAGUGCAAGGCCUCCUGUCAGAGAGAGGGGAUGGGCAUCUGCUCCCUGCCUGCUGUCCAAGGCCCCUGCAAAGUUUGGGAGCCACGUUGGGCCUGGAAUUCUCUCAUGAAGCAGUGCCAAGCCUUUGCCUAUGGCGGCUGCCACGGCAAUGCCAACAGCUUCCGCACCAAGAAGGAGUGUGAGGCAAACUGCCCACAACCCAAAAGGAAACCGUGUAAGACCUGUCGGGCUAAGGGGAAAAUGGUGCCCAGCUUAUGCCGGAGUGACUUUGCUAUUGUGGGGCGGCUCACAGAGCUGGUGGAGGAUCUGGACUCUGGGUUGGCCCGCUUUAGCUUGGAAGAGGUCUUGAGAGAUGAAAAGAUGGGCUUGACUUUCUUUAAUACCAAACACCUCGAGGUGACCAUAGCCAAGAUAGACUGGAGCUGUCCCUGCCCCAACAUCACCAUGGAGGAAAACCCUUUGCUUGUGAUGGGUGUCGUGCAGGAUGGCAUGGCCAUCAUCCAAACAGACAGCUACGUGAGAUCCAUUACUGAACGUAGACUCAAGAAGCUACGUGAGGUUCUGGGUAAAAAGACCUGCGAGGCAUCGUGAAAGUCUCUCAGGAUUUAGAUUUAUUAGCCCACAGAGAGUCUGUGGUUACCUUUACCUUUAGCACUGAAGAUGAGCAUCAGAAUUGCAACAAGAGAAGUCUUUAAAUUGAAAGAAACAAAUAUGCUAAAUGGCUGUAUGUUAAUGAAGUCAUUUGUAUGUACAAUGUGUAUUCGUUACAACAUAGGUUGGUUGUACUACAUUCCAGAUGUGUUUUAAUAUCAGUGCUGAUGUGCUCUUUAUAUAUAAGUUUAAAUAUAGAUGUUUCUCAUUUUUUCCUCCAUGUUUGUAUUCUGAAAAAAGAUAGUAGCCAGAGUAGCAGCCACACAGGUUGAUGCAAAAUGCAUAAAGAUAUAGACACCUGCAGUAUGAUACCUCUAAAUUGUGUUUUUCUCUUUUACUGUAUUAUGUUUAUUUUGUAUUUGGCUCUUUAGUCAUUUGCAUAGAUGUUUUAUAUAGGUUUCCUUUUGUUAUUAUGUCUGAUUUCAAGAUCUAAUGUACAGCCCAUUGUCUCUUAAAUAUCUCCCUCUGCAUAGCACUUCUUAGCUUAACAAAAUAACUUCACUGACAGUCUCUGCAAACUCAAUGAAGAAAUAAAGAGUAGGUGGCUUUAUCAAGGUAAAUAUAGUACACAGACAACAUAUACGUGAGCCUUACUCAUUUUACUCAAGUGUGCAAUACAGAAGAAUACAUAGUGUAUAAUAGAUUACAUUAUUUCUGUUUUAAUUAAACAAUAGAAUAUGGGGAAACGAUUCACUAACAGUUCUGGAAAUGUUGGCAAUGUGUCUGAGUUUCAAGUGUAAGUUAAGGCGUUUAACCCUCCUGCUUCCGGAACAACAGGAUACUUCACACCAAACUCUCCUUCCUGAACAGAAGACAUUUGUUGUUUGCCGGCAUGUCCAUCUAGUAAAGAAAACAUUUAAAGUCACAUAUUUUUGAACCAAUACGUGCACACAACUGAAUCGUUAACAUUCUUAUCUUUUUACGUUUUAUGGAUAAAACUUGUGCUGGAUGCUCCAAUGAUCUGUUCACUUACUAUUUUCUCCAGGAAUAAACCAUUUCUUUGUGCUAUAGUAUUGAGGAAGGAGAUAUCCCUGAGUCCCCACUCUGGGUUCCUGUAAGAUUAAAAAAUAUAGCCUUUAUAUAUCCCACAGUGCAUUAUUUUUUGUAUGGAUGACAACAACAAGUGAACCUUCGUGAUUAUGUAUACAGUGCUGCUUUCUGUUAUCUUUUAAAGUGAAAUUCCUGA